UAGUCAUGGGUAUCGAUUCUCGAUUGGAUUGCUCUACAAGUGCCAUCACUGUAAAAUUAGAAAACGUUAGAAGCAAAAUUCACUCCGCCUAUGGUGCUAUUAGGAACAUUUCAAACAAUUCACAAACAAGAGAAGUAAAAGACAACAAUUAUUUCCCACAUCCAUCCGGUAAAAAUAGCUAAAAAUGGCUGGCCAUUCGACCGUGGCGGUGUGGCCAACCAAUCAAUUUCCCCUAGAUAUUUAUAUACAGUAACUCCAAUGAUCAUAACCUUAUUGCAAUGAGUUCAUAUUCUGUUAUAUGAAUGGUAUGAACCUUCUUUGAUCUGUUUAACUUUAAUUGUCCAUAUGUGUUCAGAAUAUGCCCAUACACAGUAGACUUCCCACUUGUGUAAAAUUAGUUUGAGAUAAUAUAAACAAACAUAUAGUUAAAGAUAGAUAAUUUCAUUAUAAUUAAAUAAUAUGGGAAAUGGAGUGUUGGUGCCUUGGAGGGUUGAGGAUGUGGGUGACUGAGGUUCUUCUAUUUCGGCUACUAGCAUUCAUAAUUUUAUGGCUAGGGUGGUGCCCCAUCUCUUUCUUUAUUUGACUUCUGUUCAACUGCAUUAAGACUUUAAACUUUGUAGGGGCUGUUAAAUUUCCACCUUCUUAUCUGAAUUAAGUUGAGUGCACCUAUUGAAUUACUACCAUUCAUAUUUUAUUAUUUGUAUAGUAUAAUAUUUUUAUUCUCAGCCAAUUUUUAUGCAUUCCAAGAAGGUAGUUUGUUUUUAUCCUAACAUAGUUAAGACAGAUUUGGUCAAGUUUUGGAUACCAUUGCCCGCGACUUUACCAACUUAGGUGUAAUAUAAGUCAUAUUUACGCAUUGUUUUCAUCUUGCUUUUUUAUAACACACAGAAAGCUUUGAAAGGUUUCAUUUUUAUAAUCAUAUCAGUCUAGAAUUGAAGAUUGUAAGAUUUCCUGAUCAAUUUUUCCAAUUUAGGUAAGUCAAUCUUUCUGGGAUAUAUAAUUAUAAAGUUUAUUUGUGAGUCUUUAGCUUCAGUAGUACAAAAAUUUUGUUUUUAGUUAGUUAGCUAUGGGAAACUUGGGUUUCAUUCUCUUAAAAUGCUCAGUAUGUAUACUAGUUUUUCUAGCAUUUUCCCAACCUUGUAUUGCUUCUGUUCAACAAAUUGGCACCAUAACUCCAGGGUAUCAAGCCUCUCAAAUGAGUCAUAUUGAUCACAAUGGGUUAUUUCUGUUAUCAAAUGACUCUACAUUUGCAUUUGGGUUCAAACCCACAAAUGAUGCCACCUUGUUCCUAUUAGUGAUCAUACACCGAGACAGCUCCACAAUUGUGUGGACCACAAAUACAGCCUCCCCUGUUGCCAAUUCUGAUAAGUUUGUGUUUCGGACUAAUAGUAGUGUGUCCCUUCAUAGCAAAGGGAAGGCGGUAUGGGAACCCGAUACUGGUGGAAAACUGGUGUCUGUGAUUGAAUUGCAGAAUUCAGGGAACUUGGUGUUGUUUGGGAGUGAUAAUAGUACCAUAGUUUGGGAGAGUUUUAGGUAUCCUACCAACACCCUUCUUUCGAAUCAGAAUUUUGUACAAGGAAUGCAGCUAUCGAGUAUUCCUGAUCCUACUAAGAGUAACUUGACAUAUGCUCUUGAGAUCAAGUUUGGGGAUAUGAUUCUUUCUACUAGGCAUAAGACACCCCAGACAUAUUGGUCUAUGAGAAAGGACACCAGGAAGAUCAUUGACAAGGAUGGCGGUGUGAUUAGUUCAGCUAGGAUUGAGUCGAAUUCAUGGAAGUUUUUUGAUAAGAACAAGGCCUUGCUAUGGCAAUUUGUGCUCUCUUCCAAUCCUACUGCUAUGAAUUCAACUUGGGUUGCAGUCUUACGGAGUGAUGGAAUUUUGGCCUUAUACACCCUUGGAAAUGGACCUUUAAAGGUUAAUUCUGCAGUGAAAAUACCUAAUGAUCCUUGUGGAACACCAGAGCCUUGUGACGUGUAUCUCGCUUGUUCUAGUAGUAGGUGCCGGUGCCCCUCAGGUCUAGUCUCUCGGUCGUGUAAUGCUGGUAUCUCUGCUCCGUGUGGAAAUCCAGAUGAGAGGUAUGAUUUAGUCAAUGCUGGAGAUGACCUCAGUUACUUUGCUCUUUGGUUCACUGAGCCAUCCAUGAAAACUAAUUUUGACGGCUGCCAGGCUUCCUGUGCUUCUAAUUGCUCUUGCCUUGGUUUAAUAUUUGAUAAAACUUCGCAUAACUGCUUCCUCUUUGAUUGGAUUGGAAGUUUUGUCUCUGAUCCCUCUUCCAAAUAUUCCGUCUAUGUUAAAGUUUCAAAGAAUGGUGUUGUUGGAGAAGUGGAUGACCGAAGCAAAAGUAAGCACUUGGCAAUAGUCGUCUCUAUUGUAGUCUUUACUGUAUUCAUUGUGGCUAUGGUUUGUGGAGGAUACUGGUAUUACAUGAAGAAAAAGGAAGCGCUCAAAUCUUUUCUUGUCACUUCAGAAGAUGAAAGUUUCUUUGAGUCAUUUUCUGGGAUGCCAGUCAGAUAUAGCUACAGGUUUCUUCAGGAAGCAACCAACAACUUCUCUCUGAAACUCGGGCAAGGAGGGUUUGGGUCAGUUUACCGAGGCAAGCUGCCGGAUGGAACUUUACUUGCUGUGAAAAAACUCGAAGGAAUGGGUCAGGGGGUUAAGGAGUUUCGAGCAGAAGUUAGCAUCAUAGGCAGCAUCCAUCACAUCCAUUUGGUCAAAAUAAAGGGUUUUUGUACUGAAGGGAACCAUUGGCUUCUAGUCUAUGAGUUCAUGGAAAAUGGGUCUUUAGACAAAUGGAUUUUCAAAAGGAAUAUUGAUAAUGAUUGUGUGCUGGAUUGGCCAACAAGGUUCAACAUUGCAGUGAGUACUGCGAAAGGGUUAGCAUAUCUUCAUGAAGACUGUGAAGUGAAGAUUGUUCAUUGUGACAUAAAGCCGGAAAAUGUACUCCUUGAUGCACACUUUGUGGCUAAGGUAUCAGAUUUCGGGCUAGCCAAAUUGAUGACAAGGGAGCAAAGUCAUGUUUUUACUACACUUCGAGGCACAAGGGGAUAUCUUGCACCUGAAUGGAUAACAAACUACGCAAUCUCAGAGAAGAGCGAUGUUUACAGUUAUGGAAUGGUGUUGCUUGAGAUCAUAGGAGGAAGGAAAAACUAUGAUCCUUCACUUCCCUCUGAAAAAUCCCAUUUUGCAAGCUAUGUUUUCAAGAUGAUGGAGGAAGGGAAGCUAAGAGAAAUCCUUGAUUCUAGCCUAGAAUAUGACCCUAAUGAAGAGAGUGUAAGAAUCGCGAUCAAGGUUGCAUUAUGGUGCAUACAAGAAGACAUGUCUAUGAGACCCCCUAUGACUACAGUUGUCCAAAUGCUUGAAGGAGUCUGCCCUGUUCCUCAUCCUCCAACAUCUUCCUUAACAAGCGUGGGGUUUUCUCCGAAGUUAUAUAAAUGGACGGGCAAUGGAACUCGGAGGUCAUCUGUUCUGUCAGCUGUCCAGCUCUCUGGGCCAAGAUAGCUGGUGAUAUAUAUAAUGGUUAAGGAUUAGUUUAAUCAAGUUUAACUGUAUACAGGAGUAUCAUAUAGUUCAUAUAGUUUAAUCAAAUUCUGUAAUCUUUUUUGUAUGGAAGUAAUGGAGCAUACCACUGAUUCACUGA